GCCAGCUGACUGUUUGUUUACUGGCCUUGGCGGAUGUGAGUGACUGCGGUUGACUGGCUCGCUCAAGGCCCCUCUUCGCUACAGUCAUCUCAAAAAAGCUGCAGACCGUUUCGAGAAAAGGGUCCUAUAGUACAAAAUCGUGCAAAAAUGACCUCUAAGAAAGCUUCGGAUGUGAGCAAAAGAGAGGUGAAUGUAACAGGAAUGUCAUUUCUGCGAGGAUCAGCCAACUAUGUCUGGUGUACGACUUCUGUCUUGGGGAAGGGGGCCACGGGAGCUGUCUUUCAGGGCGUCAACAGGCAUACGGGAGAACCAGUUGCUGUCAAGACGUUUAAUCAGCUCUCACACAUGCGGCCACACGAAGUACAAAUGCGUGAGUUUGAAGUACUUAAGAAGGUCAACCAUGAGAAUAUUGUAAAACUCCUGGCUAUAGAAGAAGAGAAGGUCCGGGGGAAGGUGAUUGUGAUGGAGCUUUGUACCGGAGGCUCGCUCUUCAACAUUCUGGACGAUCCGGAAAAUAGUCAUGGCCUGGAGGAGGAUGAGUUUAUCUUGGUUCUGUCACAUCUUGCUGCAGGGAUGAAACAUUUGAGGGACAAUAGUCUAGUACAUCGUGAUCUCAAACCGGGGAACAUCAUGAAGUUUACAGAUGUCGACGGAUCUACUAUAUAUAAGUUAACAGAUUUUGGUGCUGCUCGAGAAUUGCAAGAUGACCAGCAGUUCAUGUCUCUAUAUGGAACAGAAGAGUAUUUGCACCCCGACAUGUAUGAACGUGCAGUGCUCAGAAAACCUGUCGGGAAGACCUUUGGAGCCCGGGUGGAUCUGUGGUCAAUAGGUGUGACACUUUACCACGUGGCCACAGGUCAGCUUCCUUUCCGCCCGUAUGGAGGUCGGCGAAACAAAGAGACCAUGUACCAUAUAACAACGGAGAAGGCCCCAGGAGUCAUAUCGGGUGUACAGACUUCAGAAAACGGGCCAAUUGACUGGUGCACAGAGCUGCCUGAAACUUGCCAGUUGAGCCUGGGGCUUCGUAAGUUGGUAACUCCUCUACUAGCAGGCCUUCUUGAAGUUGAUCCCCAGAGAAUGUGGAACUUUGAACGGUUCUUCCAGGAAGUUACUAUGAUACUGAGCAAGAAAGUGGUUCACAUCUUCUUCGUAAACAAGGUGCAGCCUAUUACGGUAUACAUGGAUCCGGAACAUAGGUAUGAAGAACUGCAAUACCUGAUUUGUGAACAGACAGACAUGAAUCCAGUCAACCAGCUUCUGCUCUAUGACAAGAAACACUUGAGUGACAUUGUGGCUCCAGACCAGCCGUCUUCUUCGUAUCCGUCAACAACUCCUCGAACGCCGUUGGUUCUCUUCUCAAAACAAGAUGAUGACAUCACACUCACUCUACCAGAAACCCCGGCUGUUAAAUUUGGAAGCUUCCCAACUUUGGUAAGUGUAGAACAUGAUGCUGCAGUGGGAAAGUCAAUGUGUUCAGUUGGCCAUGCUAUUAAGCGCAAGAUCGACUACUUCUCAAAAUGUGUCCACCUGAUGGAUUAUAGUGUUCUCAUGUUCAUCGAAGUGAUUGUCACCCAGUUAACGACUCUGCAAGACCGUGUUGGCCAUGUCCAGUCCCUUACAUCAGCUGUCAGUGAUCGUUUUAGUCAGUUGGUAGCCAAUCACAGAAGAUUCCUUAUGUUAACUCAGAUGUGUGGAGGAAACCAGGAGAGCAGCUCUCAACCCCUAAGAGAACGUCUAGAGGAUCUGGUCAACAACAAAGUUGAUGCUGAGAAAGCUGCCACACCAACCCAGGAGUCAUCACCCACCCAAUCAGCAGCCCAGAGGCUUGAAGAGAUGAUGGGAAACAUAGUCCUCGAGGAGAUGGUGGUUCGCGACUCCCUCAAUGCCAUGCUGCCAGUUGUGAACCAGCUGUACGAGAGGGUGGUCCGAGGAGGCCAGCUGCGUCGUCAGUGGCAGCAGGCUGGAAACAAUGCCGUAGCUGUGGAGAGAGCGCCAAAUAAAGCCUCUACUUACGUCACCAAACUCAGGGAGUCUUGGCAGCACUUGCUCAGAGAUAGAGCAGCAAGAACACUAACAUUUAACGAUGAGCAGUUCCACUUGCUCGAGAAGAUGAAAAUGAAAGAGACGGCGAAGUCCUUAGAAACCCUCCUGGCCUCCGUCACAGCUACACUUCACCACACUACAGAUAACUUGGCCGACUGGUGCAAAGUCGCCAAAGUCCAGCGAGUCCAGACGGAGAUUGAAGAGGCGGACGUGGAGAAGCACGAGGGGCUGUUGUCUUCUUUCCAGGACACCUUAGGCAAUACAGAGGACCAGUACCACCAAACCCUCUCUGGACUCCUGGCAGCCAUUAAGGACAAGAAGUUGCAGGAUGACCCGAGAUUGCAAACUGAGAAUCCAGACACAGGGGCAGCUAAGAUCAACAGCGGAACAGGCGGCACAAACGAGUCAAAAGAGACACAAAAGUCAAAGAAAGAAAGUUUGAAUAAGGCUCGGUUGAAACUCUCUUUGCGUGAAAUGUGUGAAGCUCAAGAAGAAGUUAUGAGACUGCUGGAGGAAAAUGGUACAAUUAUCAAGAGAUUCCAGCGCAUUACAAGUCAGUCUGACCUGUCGGAAGACCAUUAGUGAAAGCAAGCAUUAUUAGUGAGAUUCUUUUGUUGUUAUAUUUUAGGUAACAUCUGCAAACACUUGAUUAAUUUGUUUAUUUGUUUGUGUUUGUUAUCAGGAUUUUAAGGUUAAUGAUCUAUAUUGUUGUACUUAGCAUAAAUUGUUUCAAGCAGAUUUUAUUUGUUAUUUUUUGUUAGUCAAAUUUCAAGAUUAUUUGCCUGUAUUAUUGUAGUUUAUGUGAAUUACGUCAAGCAGAACUUGUAUAUAUUCAUUAACUGUACAUUAUCAUUUUGCAUUUAUUGAUGGAUUCACUUCACAAAGUCUGGUGCAUUACAUGAAUGAUUUUGUGAAAACAAUUUGUAAAGAUAUUGAUGCACUGUUGUAUUACAUUUCCAAGAUAGAAAUUUAGAGAAAUGUAUGAGUGAUAGUAGAAAAUAAAAUAGAUUAUUAUUAUUAUUUAUUUAUUUUUUAUUUAUUUUUUUUUUUUAUUAUUAUUUUUUGUAAGUUAAUAAUGUGAGAUCAGCUUUAAUUAUAGACAGUCAUAUUUAUCAUUGUUAAAAGUAGGAUAGAGAAAGUAUUUCCAUGCAUUUUGUACCUGGUAAUACACAAAGAAGCAAAGACACUUUAUGAUAAUUAUGGAGGGUAUCUGCAAUAUUUUUUUUUUUUUUUUUUUUUUUAUCACAGUGUCCUCAGUUGUUUUUGAUUGUUAAGAUGGCAAGUUUUUUUUAUGUGUUAUAGAGUGGUCUCAUAGAUUGCUUACUUUUAGGUAUGCCAUUUUCACAAGUACAGAAUUCAGACUGAGGGUGAUUAUAUAGCCCCAGGUGUCAAGACUUGAGUGAUUUACACAUGCCCUUUAACCCAAAGGAAUGCAGUACAUGCAUAACAAUUAAAGCAAAAUUAUUAUAAAAGUUUUUCUUAUUGUAAAAGUCGGAGUAUAUUUUUAUCAAUUUUUGUUAUAUAUAUAUAUUUUUUUUCUUUUUGUAUCAGUGAAGUGUUAAAUAAAACACUUGUUUGUAAGUGAAUAGAUUUUGGUCAAGGGAAAUUCUGAAGUUGUUUUCAAUAUGCAAGUAUUUUGAAUCAUCUAAGAUAUAUAUUCCAUUCUACUUUUGGAACAUAAUACCCAAUUUGUAAAUUUGUAUUUUUAAGUAAUUUCAAGAGUCAUUCUGAUCUUGUCUUACAUAGGAGCCAAGAUGUUUUCCAAAUCUGUGGGACUCAAAAUGGAAUCAAACUGUGUCUUGCAUUGUGAAGUAGUCAGCUGCCUAGUUGGGAUACAAGUGACAUGUGUAAUGGCAUCGUUAUGGAGCCAUUUAUUAUGAAGAAUAGGGUGACUCAAUUACAAAUCCUUUUUAUAAUACUUAGUCUCUAGGUUGCACACAGACGUUGCAAGUUUAGCACCAUGAGAUUUCUGGGAGAGAACUGUUAAUUGUUUUCACCAGUGUUGUGUAUCUGAUUUUUUUUCAUGUUAAUUUUAUUUUUAAGGUGAAUUAUGUUUUCUUCUUUCCAGUCAGAUUUCUCUAUGAUAUCUUCCAUUCUAUUAGAUCAUAAUGAUGUGCCUCUUAAAAUAUGGACAGGAAAAGGUAAUCUCUUCAUCAUGUUCACUCAGCUUGAUGUUCUUUCAUUUCUUUAUGUCAUAACUCAUUCUUUUCUAUGGUAUUUAAGUUUCAUCAGUAUUUUUCCUCUUAUGUUAUUUUGCAUAAACUCAUAGAAGAAGUGAAAGAAGAUCAGUUUCCAGGGCUUUGAAAAAUGCAUGAAAGAAUCACAUAUUAGGCAUGUAAUUAUCUUUCAGUUGUUGUAAAGUGCAAAUUUUAAUAAUAUGCUGAUGUUAAUUAGAGGCAAUAUCUGUGAAUGGAAGCAAACAAGUAUAUGGAUCUGUGAUGAAAAUAGAGAAAUAUGGACACUUUUAUACAAAUUAUUGAAAUUUUAUGGGACAUAGUGAUUACAUGUUUGAUUAUUGUAAAUAUUUAUAUAAAUAUGAUAUGAAAUCUUUUAUAUUUUAUAAGCAGAGGAAAUAUACAUUUAUCUCUGUG